AUGGAAGACAUGAAUUGCGGGGCAAGCGCGCCUUACGAGGAUCACGAGAAUGAAGAAGUAGAUGAAAGGGCAUCGGGAACGUACGACCUACCGGUCGAGUUGUGGAUGCACAUCUUGGGCUUCGUGGCGCGUCAGCAGCGGAAUCCAGAGGGACAAGUCUGCAUCUUCGCGUCCCUGUCCUCCGUCCUCCUCGCCUCUCGCUUCUGGCGCAAGUUGGGGCUGGCGUCGGUGGGCGCCUAUAUUCUGCCGCCUACGAAGCCGAAGAAGCUGAUCCGGCGAUGCCUUCCUUUCAUCUUCGCCAGCUGCCCCAACCUCAAGGAGCUCUGCCUUCAGCGUGUGAAGGAAAGGAUCACUUCGCGCGUCUAA